UCACGAUGUCCCACUACAUCAUACACAUUCAUAUAUUUAUAUGUAUAUUUCAUUUCGUAGUCUUUUUUAUUUAAAACAAUUUGCGUAGUCUUUUUCAAUUUCACCUCCACCCCCUAUAAUAAAAAAAAAAAACAAAAAAAAAAUAACAAAAGGUGAAAUAGUGGAAAAAAGAAGAGGGCUCGUCUCAUUGAAAUUUAAGUUGACAGCAAUGAAAUGAAUUAAAUGGUCCUGUGCCAUCUACUGUUGCUGUCAAACUGCAGCUAAAAAUUCUGCAGGGCUGGCAGCUGCAUAGAAAGAAGGUGCUGCUUUGGCUUUUGUAGCAACUUCCAUUGCUAACAAACAUAUGUUCACUCCUCAGAGAAAAAGGAAAACAAAUAUACUCUAGAGAGAGAGAGUUGAUAUCAAUGAUAUGGGCUCCCAGCUGAUUACUAUCAUCUUCUUCACUUAAAACCGGAACAAGUAGAGAAUGAAGUGAACUACUCCUUCGACUCUAAUUACAGCUUGGGUAGGUGCGGCCGUGGAAACAAGAAAGGGGGAGAGAGAGAGUGAGAGAGAGGGACUCUUUUUUCUUUAAAGAAAAUUCCUUUUUUGCUGUUUUCUCCAUUAGCUUUUGUGCACUCUUUACUCAAAAGAAAAAAGAAAGGAAGACCACUAGAAUUAGUGAUAAAACAAGAGAAAGGUAGAGUAGGUUUGAAAGAGUUGGAGUGGAAUCUUUAGCACCAAACCCCCCCAAAAUCAGACAUGGAUGCAUACGAAGCAACAAAGAUUGUUUUCCAAAGGAUCCAAAAUUUAGACCCUCAAAAUGCCUCCAAAAUCAUGGGGUUUCUUCUAAUUCAAGAUCAUGGCGAGAAAGAGAUGAUCCGCCUAGCCUUCGGCCCAGAAUCUCUAAUCCAGUCUGUAAUCAUUCAAGCCAAGAAAGAGCUGAAUUUAGUAGCUUCAUCAAACAUGCCCUCAACUCCUCCAACUCCAUCCUCCCCCUCACCCUUCAGCAACCCACUUUCUCUCUCUAGGCAGAAUUCCUGCUCCUCAGCUUCCUCAAGAAUGAUUGGCGGCGUAAAUCUCCCUUCCCCGCUUAGCAUCGCUAACCACUCCUCCACCGCGCCUUCUUCCUGGACAAACUCCAGCAAUUUCUCCGACUUUCAGACCACCGACGACUUGAUCAGUCCUAGCACAUACAAUGGCAGCUCCCCUCCGUCAACUAUGAACUCCGCAGCCGCGCCCUUUUACGGCGGCGCCGAGGUUGACUUGAUUGACGAGCUGCAGCUUCAAGAUCAGCUCUCCUUCCUAAACGACGGCUCCCCGCCUCUGGGGCCGAAAAGCUCCGAUUUUUACUACCAAGAUUUGGCCUCGAGCCCCACCGGAACCGACCCCAUGCUCUUCUGGGGCGGCGGCGGCCACCGCCGGAGCUGCUCCGUCAGUGAUAUCUGCUUGGGGCCUGAUGAUCUGAGCGGGGGGUUCGGUUGGAAGCCCUGCUUGUUCUACGCUAGAGGCUUCUGCAAGAACGGGACGAGCUGCCGGUUCCUCCACGGCGAGGGCGAGGGCGCCGCCGCCGCGGUGGGGUCGCCCAGUAAGUUUGAGAUGCUGGAGCAGUGCCAGGAGCUGAUGAGAACAAAGUCAACUCACAUGAAUUUCCCUUACUCUCCACUGCCAGCUAACAAAUGCAUGAAUUUCCUCCAGCAGCUUCCACCUGACAGCCCAAGAUCUCUGAUGAUGAGUGAUGGAAUGCACAAAUUCGGGCGUGGCCGCCUCGAAAGGGGCGAUUUUGGGAUGAAUAAUCCUGGGUCGAGGCAGAUUUACUUGACAUUCCCUGCUGAUAGCACCUUUAAGGAGGAGGAUGUGUCCACUUAUUUUAGUAAUUUUGGGCCGGUUCAAGAUGUAAGGAUCCCUUAUCAGCAGAAGAGGAUGUUUGGGUUCGUCACCUUCGACUUCCCGGAGACUGUGAAGCUCAUUCUCGCCAAGGGCAACCCUCAUUUCGUCUGCGACGCCCGCGUGCUCGUGAAGCCUUACAAAGAGAAAGGGAAGAUCCCAGACAAGCACAGGAAACAGCAGCAACAGAUGGAAAGAGGGGAAUUCGCCGGUUGUGGCAGCCCCACCGGGCUAGAAUCGAGAGACCCUUACGAUCUUCACCUUGGUGCAAGAAUGUUGUACAACACACAGGACAUGUUGUGGAGGAGGAAAUUGGAGGAACAAGCUGAUCUGCAGCAGGCGAUUGAGCUGCAGAACAAGAGGCUUAUGGGCCUUCAGCUUCUUGAUGUCAAGAGGAAUAGCCACCACCGCACCCUCUCCACCGGUGCCGUUAUGUCGUCUCCAACAACCUUCUCGAGCAACCGCAGCAGCCCGGAAGCCAGAGAAGAAUAUGGCUCGAUUGGGAAUCCGACUGUAAAUGCGAGUGCAAAAGAGAAUGAUGAGCCUAGUAAUGGCAAGAACAGCCCCCCCAAACAAAGUGAUUUACAAGAAAGCUUGGAGCACAACCUCCCCGAUAGCCCCUUUGCGUCUCCAAAGGCAGGCGUAGACUUGGCCACGACCUUUUCCAACGAGAUGGAGAAGGGCAGUGCUGUUGUCUCCAUGCCAUCUACUAACAAUAAUUUGAUCACCGGCCCCUCAUUGUUCCCGGCCUCAGCUUCAUUGGACAUGGCUCCUUUUAAAUCAUGUUACUUCCAAGUUCCUAGGUUUGCCUCCGGUCACGAGACUGUCGGAAUGUAAUCCCCUAGUUCCCUUGUUGGGCCUUCCUAACAACCCUAAUGAAAGGCCAAAUAUCUACACAUGUAGUCCCCCGGCACCACCACAACGACCACCAUGACUCGACGCCAUUAAUGUCACACCAGCAAGCAGGAUUAGUGUCCUAUACCAUACUACUUACUACCAUACAAGUUGCAUACAUAAAAAAGGCAGUAAAGAAGAGUGGGUCAGCCAUCCAUUUCCUCUCACACUUGUUGUACUGUUUAUUACCUCCUAUCACAUCUGUAGUUGAAAUUUGUUGGACCACAGGUUUAAAGAAGAAGAAGAAGAAAAUAGUGAAUAGUAAAAAAAAAAAAUCAAAGAAUAUCAGUCAGUCAUCAGUGGCUGUAAUUUCUUUUCUUUGCUCACCAUUGAUGGCUUGCCCACAUUUAUAAGAGUAAUUUUAUUAGGUAACAAAGUGAAAGAAAAGGCAGUGUUUGCCUUGUGAUAUCAUUGUAAUAUUGUACUAAUAAUAUGUAUAUUAUGAGGAAAAAAGUAAAGAAAUGAAGCAGCUGCAAUUAGGAAA